CAUUGAGUUUAUCACUGAAAAAAGGGUCUUUGAUCCGAACCAAACAUCCCCAGAAAGCUUGAAUCGGAAAAGGAUCAAAAUUUUCCUGCUAUUUCGUUUCACCCCAAUCUGGUUUUUACCAUGUUUGCUAAACGCUUGCUUCAGAAAUCGGUUCUCCAUCCCCAGCAAAAUGUGCUCCGUGAAGAAUUGAAAUCAGAAGAUUUGGAUUUGCGAGUUGCUAUCCACUAUGGGAUCCCCUCUACUUCAUCUGUUCUUGCUUUUGAUCCUAUUCAGCGCCUCUUGGCUAUCGGGACUUUAGAUGGACGGAUUAAAGUUAUUGGUGGUGAUGGAAUUGAGGGACUUCUCAUAUCUCCCAAGCAAUUGCCUUACAAAUAUUUAGAGUUCAUACAAAACCGAGGCUUUUUAAUCGGCAUCUCAAAUGACAAUGAUAUUCAGGUUUGGAAUCUGGAGGACAGGUGUCUAGCAUGUUGUUUACCGUGGGAAUCCAACAUUACUGCCUUCUGUCUCAUUGGUGGCUCACAUUUCAUGUAUAUUGGAGACGAGUAUGGUUUGCUCUCAGUGGUUAAGUUUGAUGGUGAAGAUGGAAAACUUUCGCACUUACCCUAUAAUAUAUCAGCGAAUUCUUUGAGUGAAGCAUCUGGACUUUCAGUUCCUGAUGACCAACCUAUUGUUGGGAUUCUUCCUCAACCCCAUUCUUCUGGAGAUAGAGUCAUAAUUGCAUACGCAAAUGGUUUGAUAAUUCUUUGGGAUGUUUCUAAAUCUCAAAUUCCCUUCAUUGGAGGUGGGAAGGAUCUUCGGUUAAAGGAUGCAGUGGAUUCAGAUGUCCAAGAUGAUACAUCCGAGCAUCAUCUCCAAGAAAAGGAGAUAAGUGCUAUUUGUUGGGCAUCUUCUGAUGGAUCCAUUCUCGCAGUGGGGUACAUAGAUGGGGAUAUCUUGUUUUGGAAUGCAAGCGUUGCCUCUUCUAAAGGUGAACGGAAUGGACAAAACAAAAAUGUUGUUAAGCUGCAGCUGUCAUCUGCUGAGAGGAGACUUCCGGUCAUUGUCUUACAAUGGUCCUCAAACAAUAGUUCACGCAAUGAUUAUAAUGGUCAACUUUUCAUCUAUGGUGGUGAUGAAAUAGGAUCUGAAGAAGUCUUGACGGUUUUGAGUCUUGAAUGGUCAUCUGGGAUGGACACUGUUAGAUGUGUUGCUCGUGUGGAUCUUACAUUGACUGGCUCUUUUGCUGAUAUGAUCUUGUCGCCAACUACUGGGCCAACAGGAGGCAAUCAAAAAGCUGACCUUUUUGUGUUGACGAACCCCGGACAAUUGCAUCUUUACGAUGGUACAAACUUGUCUACCUUGCUAUCUGAGAAAGAGAGGAAACAAUUUGCUUGUCCUGUGGAAUUUCCGAUGGUAAUACCUACAGCUGACCCACCAAUGACCGUUGGAAAGUUCAGUGUGCUACCAACUGGUGGAAACUCGUCAAAAUCGCUUUCAGAGCUUGCAUCAAUAAUGAGACCUGGCUUCACACCAAAUACAACUGCUGGCACAAACUGGCCCUUGACAGGGGGUGUACCCACUCAACUAUCUGUCUCUAAGGAUAACAGUAUUGACAGAUUUUACAUUGCUGGUUACCAAGAUGGAUCGGUUCGGAUUUGGGAUGCAUCGUAUCCUAUACUGACACUUCUCUUUGUCCUAGGAGGAGAAGUGCAAGGUACGGAUGUGUCUGGUUCCGGUGCUCCAGUGACAACUCUGGACUUCUGUUGGCAGACUUUAAAUUUGGCUGUUGGAAAUGAAUGCGGCGUGGUACGCGUUUAUAACCUGGGCAGCUCUAAUACAACAAGCUUUCACUACGUCACUGAGACCAAGUGUGAAGUUCAGAGUUGUGCACGAGGAAAAGGACCCGAGUGUAAAGCUGUAUUUUCCCUUCUUAAAUCACCAGUUCAAGCCCUGCAGUUCGGGAUUUGUGGAGCCAAGCUUGCUGUUGGAUUUGGAUUUGGUCGUGUUGCGGUGCUUGAUGUGAGUUCACCAGCAACUUUGUUUGUUACUGACUGUGUUUCUAGCUCGUCAUCUCCAAUCAUUUCAUUGUCUUGGUUAGAGUUUAAAAAUGCUCAUAGCCAUGUAAAAAGCACAGAGCAAUCAGAAACAGAGAUUGCAGUCAAACCUGAAGAGGAAAUAAUAUUUAUCUUAACCAGGGAUGCAAAAUUUUUCUCUAUUGACGGUACCAAUGGUGAGAUGAUACACCCUCCUCCAUGGCACGUGAAAAAAGAAGAAAUUGCACUCUCCAUGUACAUUAUAGCCGGCUGUUUUCCAGUACUAAACUGUGAGAAGCAUCUGGAGGAAUCCACCAAGGAUACCACUGUCAAGGGUGAGGCUGAGCUUGAUGCUUCUUCAACUGGGACCGAACAUCCCUCCUCAUCGGAAACUGCUUCCACUCUGGAUCGCUCACUUGAUAUGCUCUUUUUGCUUUGUUGUCAAAAUUCAUUGUGGUUGUACUCCAUGAAGUCCUUGAUUCAGGGGAAGGAUAAAGCAAUUCAUAAGGUAAAUCAUACGAAGCCUUGCUGUUGGACCACUACUUUUAAGAAAGACGGAAGAGUGUGCGGACUGCUCUUGCUGUUUCAAACAGGGGAUCUCGAGAUCAGAUCCUUGCCGGACUUGGAAUUGGUUAAAGAAAGCUCCAUAAAGUCGAUCCUAAGGUGGAACUACAAGGCAAACAUGGAUAAGUUGAUGACUUCUGAUGAUGCUCAACUUACACUGGUACAUUCUCUUGGAAUCUUUUUUUUUUCUUUGGAAAGCCGUUUCAUUUCCCCUUUGUUUGCGAGUGGAUGCGAAGUGGCCUUCAUUUCUCUCUUGGCUGGUUCAAAUGAUUUCAGGAUCCCUGAAGCGCUGCCUUGUCUCCAUGAUCGGGUUCUUGCAGCAGCUGCUGAUGCUGCCAUUAAUUUCGCUUCAAAUCAGAAGAAGAAUCAGGGUAUGGCACCGGGGAUUCUUGGUGGUAUAGUCAAAGGCUUUAAAGGAGGAAAAGUGAAUACAUCCGCAGCACCCGAAUCUGAUUUUACUCAUCUAGAGAGCAAAUUUUUAAAGACUCCAUUCAUAGAUGCAAUGCAGAAUGUUAAUAAGCACGAAGAUAUUGAGCUUGACAUAGAUGACAUCGACAUAGAUGAAACUCCACCUGUGACUAGCUCCUCGUCUCAUGAAGUUAAAUCGAAAGGAGGAAAGGAAACAGACCGUGAAAAAUUACUAGGUGCACAAGAUGAUUCAACACCCAGAGUUCGAACCGCCCAAGAAAUUAUUGCGAAAUAUAGAAAAACCGGGGAUGCUUCUUCAGCAGCAGCACAUGCAAGAGAUAAACUGGCAGAGAGAGGGGAAAAGCUGCAGAGAAUCAGUCGGCGCACCGAAGAGCUGCAAAGCGGAGCUGAAAACUUUGCAUCGUUAGCAGAUGAACUUGUCAAGGCAAUGGAAAAUCGAAAAUGGUGGCAGAUAUAAGGUGAAACAAACGGGGAAUUUAAUCAUGUCUUUUGAGAUUAUUACUUCAAGCUCCAUGUUAGUCGAUCACUUCGAGCUUCGACGUGGCCAUUACCAUUCCACAGCUAAAACUUCCUACAAAACCAUAUGUAUCUGCCUGGAAAUUUCUGGGUUGAAGUUUCAACAAACAACAGUGUUGGAGAGUUGUUUUGUAUGUGAUGUAAAUUAACAUAAGUCAACAUUUCAACUGCUCAAAUAUGAUUCAUUCUGAUAAAAGAAUUCUGGGUUUGAAUUUCAUAUUAUUGUUAGUAUUCCAUGCAGUG